AUGAGAGCUAUAAGGCAAGAAAACUCCAUCCCCUGCAAGCCGACAGAGCCGCUUUUUCAAAAGCGAGAGCAAGGGAACUCCCCCAGACAGGCCCGCUCCCUAACUGCUCGCUGCUCCGUCGAAAGGAGGGAUCUUCACUACCCAGUGUCUCCCGAUGGGCAAAACGACGACAUGCUGGAUAAGCCAGAUAGAGAAAAAUCGGAGGAGUCUUCUUCGUCCGCGGAAGCAGCAGGUGGAGCGUGUGUAAUCCCCAGAAAAUCUCUCCCACCGCCUCCUGAUGGCGAAGUAGCUCUCUCUCUCCCUCUCACUUCUUUUGUGACUUUAGGAGGAGGCCCCUCUGCAGUUGCAGAGAGCAGCAGCACAACUCCCCCGACUGCUAUAAGUAUCCUUGGAGCUGUUGCUGACUCCCGGCAAAUAGCUGCCGCAGUUGUUGCUGCUUUUGCUCGUGCCGGAGCCAGAACUGCUGAUUUCCUCGCCACUCCUCGUACUGCUGUUGACGCCUCCCUUACACUGCAUUUGCUGAAACAUGCCGCUCAAUUCGUCGCAGCAGCAGCCGCACAAGCCGCUGCUGCUGCUGCACACCCUCCUCAAAGGCUUGCUCUUCAGAGACUCCCUCGACGCACUGGUCGUCUUCUUCACAGACAUGCAGUGGAUGCUGCAUCCGCUUCUCUUCACGACAAUCACAAGUCUCUUGGUGCGCAUGCAGACGCUGCCCCUCCUCCAGGAGAUUCAUCAGUUCUGUCUCCUCCUGCGAAUGCAGCUCUCGCCGAAGAACCGCCUGCUGCUCCAGCCGCAGCUCCUGUACCGCACAUACGGGGUGCUGCUGCACAUCUUCUUCUCUCUUGA